GUUGAGAGCAUAGAUAAAAUAGACACUGUAGUCAUGCCAUGGUGCUCUGCAGAUCAUGACUACUCUGAACUUUCCAAGUCUUGUGAAAAACAGCUAGAAGAUGUAAGGAGUUCCUCAAAAUUUGAGCAGUUAACAGAGCAUUCCACUGGUAGUCAACCUACUCAGGAAAAUUCAAUACUUUGUGUGCGUGGCGGUGGUCGGAAGACUAAAAGAAAAUCUUCCCGUGCAGAUGAUACAGAAAAAGUCACACCAGAAAACAAAGAAAAAACGUACAGCUGCAGGUGGCAAAAAAACGACCAUAGGUGCAAAGACAAGAACUCCUGCUGCACUUGGUGCUGCGAUUAAUUCACUUGCCAGGAUUAGGAAGACAGCAACAAGUGGCCAAAGCAAAACCACACUUAGUAGGGAAAUGAAUAGGAAACAUAAAGCUGAGGAUCAGUUCAAGGAUGAUGGUUUUUCAACAAGAAAUAAAUAUCCCCCCAAAAUAUCAGCUGUAGAAGAAAACGCCGCUGUUGGUGAAGUCUUAAGCCUGAAAAAUGAACCAUUAGAUCCAGAAUACUAUUUAAAUGCUGGAGAACUGCCGUCGCCCACCGAGGCCAUUUUAGACUUAAAGCCUGUUUUUCUACGCGAAGCUGAACCAGAAUGCGCACACAGUCAACAGUGUGGCAAGAAUAUCAAGGAGGAGUUCGAGAUAGAGCUGAAUCCAGACUGGUGUCCUGACGAUGACAAAGAUGAAAGAACUAUGCCUCUUGGAGACAUAAAAAGUCGUGGGCUAAAGGAAGACGCAGAACCUUUAGGAGGAGAGUAUAUAGAGAGUUGGCACGCGGGGAAAGUUGACUGUACACUGGUCACAUUAGGGGAUCCAGAAAUGGUAACUUGGCUGCCUACCACCGAGGGGCUGGAACAGAACACGACAGCAGGUUCUAAAUGCGCGGCGCAGCCUCAGUCAAAACCUGAUGGUCUCAAAGCCGCGGUUGCUUCCGACAAGGAAAACGGUGGCACAGACGUUGAGCUUCCUACGUUAUCAAGGAAUGAUCUCACUGAAUCCGUUGACUGUGAGCAGUCGUCGAACGUAGGUGAACAGCAGACAGUCACCCCUGCUGGUGCUCAUUGUACCGUUGUUGCUGCUGUGGAUGCUUCUGAUGGGAGUGGAAGAGGUGGCACUGCUGCAGUUCUUGCUGGCGUUGCUGGUGCUAGCAGCGAGGAAACAUAUUUUACAGAAACGUCGCUUGCCAGACACGAGGUUCUGAAAAUGCUGUUAGCGACCACACCAGUUGGAGCACUGCCUGUCAUUGCCCAUUCCUCGAAACCAACUUUCAACGGCAGUACGGGGCAGACGUUAUUGCCGUUGACCUCUAACGGUACACAACAGUCCUUCACAGGACACUCGCCGAGGAACGCUAGCAGCCAGUCCAUAAUUGUCCUUACAUCUCCGUCUUCAGACUGUAGUAGCCAGAAGCUAUUGUUUGUGCCUAGCACCUGUGCACAGAACUCUGUAUCCUCUGGCCAUACAAUAGUGCUGUUAAACCCUUCGUCAAGUGAGCAGAUACCUUCUGAACGAACACCUGGGGGUUGUGGGGAUCAGAAAACAAAUAUUUUUCUUUGCCAAAAUUGUGGGAAUAAGAUCGUAGGCCAGGACAUGUUAAGACAGCAUCUCCUGAGGUGCCCCAUGAGUGGAAGUCUAGGGCUGUCAUUACCACCUGGGCCAAGCCAGACGUCGGCCGUCAUUGUCAGUCAGACCGACCAAAGACCCAUCCUUCCGAAGGAGAUCGUGGUGGUUGUCAGCCCCAAGGCGCCAGUUCCGCAAGCCCACGGAGUGUUGACGAAUGACGAGGGAUCGACAGGGGAGGCAAGCGAGACCCACCUUGAGGUGGAGCGACCGUUCAAGUGCGACCACUGCUACUCGCGUCACCAGAAACUGUCGCACUUGCGGAUCCACGUAGUGCGGGCGCAUGGAAAGCCCGACCCGCUGCUGUGCCCUGUGUGCGGGCGGCAGUUCCAGAAGCAGAGCACCUUUAACAUCCACGUGAACACGCACAGCAGCGACACGCCCUUCGCCUGCCCCCAGUGCCCUAAGGCCUACAAGUCCGCCGCCACCCUCAAAUCACACCUGCGACAGCACACUGGGGAGCGGCCCUACCAGUGUCCGAUCUGCUCCCGCCUCUUCUCGGAAUUGCAGCAUGUGAAGCGGCACCAGCUGACGCACACCCGCGACGGUCCGCUGAAGUGCCCAGAGUGUCCCGCCACUUUCCUGGUGCCUUCCUCCUACAAGAUUCACCUGCGUGUGCACACGGGCGAGCGGCCGUUCCCCUGCCAUUUAUGCGAGAAAGCCUUCCGCGACCGCUCGGCGCUCAACGUGCACCUCCGCAUCCACACACGCGAGAAUCCGCACCAGUGCCAGGUGUGUGGCGCCACCUUCCAGAGCUCCGGCGGCCUCAAGCAGCACACGCUGGGCCAUGUCGGCAUAUCGCCGUACGAAUGCCAACGUUGCGGCGUGACCUGCGGCUCCCGCGGGGCCUUAAAGCGGCACAUGCGCUUCCACUCGCGCACUACUGCAGCUGAUGCACAAGACGACGACGACGGCGUACAGGCAUCCGAGGCGGCCAGCAAGCCAUCCAGUCGCUCGCAGCAUAGGAAGAGACGAGGGGAGAGUGAGAAAGAAGAGGAUAGUGUAAAAAGGAGAGAGGAAAUAGGAGCGCUGAGUGUGAUGGCCGAUGAUACAUUGACUACAAGCUCGCUGGGUGCAAAGUAAUUGUGACUUUGAAAAAAUUCUAGUUAGUAACAGACUAAUAAUAAUAAAGCCUAAUAAUUAUU